AGUGUAGAUGGGGGACAAGUUAAUUAUCUUUUUCAACUUUCAUGUUUAGCGGUCAAGCCCGGCUUUACUUUUAUACAGCAACACGUUGUCAAGUGGUGGACAGACCGCGCUAACGUAAUAUAUGAUAUAUAAGAGAGAGAAAGUGGUCUUUGUAACCGUGCAUUGGACUUGGAGUCUCGAUUUUUGGAGUUAAAUUCGUAACAAACAGGCAGGCAGUCAUUCUCAGUAAAACAUUUGUAAUGGUUGACAGGUGGCGAGAAAGACUCAUUUGCUUUAACACCAAUAUGAUUUCAGUGAUUGGCCUUUUCUGACACAGUCUUGCCACUGUUGGUGUGAAGUAUAAGAAACUAUAUUUGAUUUUGUAAUUUCAGCUCUCCUUACAUGUCCAGUUAACUUUGAGGCCAGCCAUUUCAUUGGGUACGUGCGUAGAUGAAGGUGGUUUGUUGGGAUUUAGCUAAAUUAGGUUUUAAGGCCGCGCGCUGAUGCAGGCUAUUUCCAAAUGUCACGUUGCAUUUGUGCUGUUAACUUUGGGUAUAGCUACAGAUUUAAGCAAUGACCCUUUACUCAUGUUACCUGUAUUUGAUGGAGAGUUGUGUUAGUCUUGUCAAUGCUAAGUCAACCAUUCACUGGUGUUGUAACUAGCUAGCAAGCGUUAACGUUACGCCGCUAGCUAACGUUAGCUACCAUCAGCUGACAGGUCACCGGCAAAACCUGCUUUGGCGCUGGCAAACUCGGUAGCUAACGAGCUAGUCGGGUAUCUAAAAUAGGUACCCAACUACGUAUUCUCAUGCAGGCCACGCAGAGAUUGCAUCUAGCUAACAAAAUUUGAAACCGGUUCAAUUUCCAAGUCUUGAAUUAGCCGUUGCUAAUAGCUAAAUUGGCUCGCUUGACAAAUCGCUCUCGUAUUUGGCUUCAUCAAUUUGCUACGCGUUAGCAACGGGACAAAUGUUAGGCACUCAAUGUAAACCCUUUUGUUGCGAAUUAGCUGGCUGGUCAAAUAAGAAACGUCUGUUUACUAACCUGGAGUCACUGCCCGGUCUGUGCAAUUCUGGUUAACAUUUAAUUGCUAACUUUUUUUGAUAGAAAUGAGCAAGCCUGUUAGCUGAACGCUUAGUUAGCUAGCUUGCCAUCUUGCGUGUGGCUACUUUAGCCUACGACAUAACAUUUCGCAUUUAUCAGACGACCUUGUUUUACUUUGUUAGUUUAUUUUUGUAUAAGUCUAAAGGGAAAUGGCUGGUAACGCACUCAUUGGGGAUCCAAAUAAAGACACAGAAGAUGCCAGUGAAACUGACCUGGCAAAACAUGAUGAGGAUGACUAUGUGGAAAUCAAAGAACAGAUGUACCAAGACAAGCUGGCAUCAUUGAAAAGGCAGUUGACGCAACUCCAAGAGGGAACACUUCAGGAGUACCAGAAGAGAAUGAAGAAGCUGGACCAACAAUACAAGGAGAGAGUCCGCAAUGCUGAUCUCUUUCUCCAACUUGAGACAGAACAGGUGGAGAGGAACUACAUCAAAGAGAAGAAGGCGGCGGUGAAAGAGUUUGACGAUAAGAAGGUGGAGCUGAAGGAAAACUUAAUUGCUGAGCUAGAGGAGAAGAAGAAGAUGAUAGAGAAUGAGAAAUUAACAAUGGAGCUGACAGGCGAUUCCAUGGAGGUGAAACCCAUCAUGACCCGGAAGUUAAGGAGGCGGCCCAACGAUCCAGUCCCCAUUCCAGACAAGCGGAGGAAACCUGCACCUGCUCAGCUUAACUAUUUGCUAACCGAUGACCAGAUCCUGGAAGAUCUGCGAAUACUGAACAAGCAGCUGAAAUCCCCUAAGCGUCCAGUGUCUCCGUCAUCUCCAGACCAAAUGCCCACCAUUCCAAUGGAGGCCCCCUCACAGCGCUAUGAGGCCCGCAUUGAAGAGGGAAAGCUGUACUACGACAAGAGAUGGUAUCAUAAGAGCCAGGCCAUCCACCUGGAGUCCAAGGAGAACACCAAGAUCAGCUGUGUCAUCAGCUCAGUGGGAACAAAUGAGAUCUGGGUGAGGAAGACCAGCGACAGCACCAAGAUGAGGAUCUACCUGGGACAGCUACAAAGAGGAGCGUUUAUCAUUCGACGACGGUCGGCAGCGUAGAAACAACACCACGCCCCUUCACACUUUCUCUUCAUCCAUCCAUUCCUUCCAUUUUGUACAUGCAGUAUGUUGCUCCCCCCUCCCUCACGUGGCUCUCUCCCUCAUCCCUACUGUGUGCUUGGAGGACGUCUUCUCAAUAACUUCCUGGUGUUUCAAUCAAUCAGGACCACAGGAGGGGAAGAACGACGCUUUCUGUCAGUGUCUUUUUAGACAUCACCAAGCACACGUGGAAGCCUUUCUCCUUGCAAGUUUUGGCUCAAAUAGCCCUUUAGGCAUUUGAGUAGACGUGCAAAGACUGGAUAGCCUUGGUAUAGCAAAAGUUGUCAUAGCUACACUACCUGGUCAUAGGCUUAGUGAAAUGAUUUCCAUUUUGCUUACGCCAUCCAAUGCUCUCAGAUCUCCACAAGUGCUUAGGGGCUGAAAGUCGGUGUUUUGAUUGGUCUUCCUUUAUAUACCUAACUUGGUUCUGUAACAGUGUCAGUCAGCUGUGCCACUCAGCAUAAUUCGCAUGUCAUCUUUCUUCAUCAUGACAUUGUCUGGUAUUGUUUUUUUCUGGUCAAUUAACAUUUGAUCUUUUUUUCAGAAUAUAUUGGAUAGACUUUUAAGGUUUUAAUUUUGUAUCUGUAUUAUUGACCUUAAAUGAGUUCAGUUAAACCGAAAUGUUGAAUACAUCUGACGUGUCUAAACUGGUUUUGCACAUGGGAGGAAGAUGAACAUGAACCAAUUUAUAUUUGAUCGUUUUCUUGUGCGUUUCAUUUAUUAAAUGUGUUACAAUGUAACUGACAAAAGGCAGUAGGAUACCAGCCACCACUGAUCUAGCUUUCAGGGCCGGGUCCCCCCCUCCGCCGUAACGUGGCCAGCAGUUCCCGCUACCGUAACGUGGCCAGCGGGCCCCCCGCUACCGUAACGUGGCAAACUGAUCCUAGAUCAGUACUCCUACUCGGAGACACUUUGUUAAUAUAGAGCUCUCCACCACAGAGCUCAUACCAGAGUGAUGUCACCAACACUGGGCGUGUCCCAAAUGGCACCCUAUUCCCUUUUUUAUAGUGCACUUUUAACCAGAGCCCUAUAGCCCCUGGUCAAAAGUAGUGCACUAUAAAGGGAAUAUGGUGCCAUUUGGGACACACUCCAUGUUGCACUCUGUAAUAAUCUCCACCUCUUAUUAAGCAUCCCACUCCACAAGCUCUCUCCUUUCCUCCAUCUUAAACACCUUUCCAGUCAGAUCUGGGUGUGUAAAUGUCUGAUAUUCUUGCCCGCUAUCUGGGAUUAAGCCCUCCCACAAACCUGCUGCUAACACACACGCCUGGCUCGUAGGGAGACAAUAGCCAAUAGACAUGGUUGAAGUCAGUAUAAUCAGCUGAGAGGACACUGCAGUGUAAAGUCAACAGGAAGCAGGAGGGGUUUGAUGUUCUAUUAAUUAACGAUGUGUAGCUAAGCGUUGUGUGUGUCAGCUGGGGGGAAUACUCACUGGAGUCAUUCUGCCACGUGGUUAUUGCUUGUGUGCAUAAAGGCCCACCCAGGGCAUCAAUAAAAUCCACCAGCUCCACCCCC